AGCAAGAACGAACUGACAAGUGGGGCCCAUUCGCCGGAGGCCGAGUCAACCGCCCCCAAUCCACGUACGCAUCUGAGUAGAUAAAGCUACGAAUCCGACGGGCUCGCGAAUUCAACCGCGAUCGCGGCAAACAAGCAGCGAACCAUCCAAACCCGGCGGCGAGAUCCACGCGGCGGCACCGCUGGCAGACGGAGGCGCCCGCGUUCGUGCCGUGCGCGCCUCCCUACCCCGCCGCUCCCCCAGCACGCGAAGGCAAAAUUGGGGGUGAGGUGGGCUCGUGUUUGGUUUUGGGGGGUCAAUUUCAAUUCAUGGCGGUGCGGCCGGGGUGGGUGGUGGGGGUGGCGCGGGGGUCGGCGGCGGCGUGGCAGCGCGUGGCGUGCAACCCGGAGACACUCCCGCCCGACCGCGUCCUCGCGCUGCUCUGCUGCGCGCCGCUCCACCUCCUCGCGCGCCUCGCCGCCUUCCUCUGCGCCCCCUUCCUCCCCUACGCCCGCGCCCCGCUCCGCCUCGUCUCCCCCCACCGCCGCAGCCGCCGCUUCCUCGUCCUCCGGCCUCCGGAGCUUGUGCCGCAUCCUUUCACUUACUCCUCCAGCUCCUCGUCGUCGUCGUCUUCGUCGGAUGAGGAUGGCGACGGCGACGACAUCCACGAUCACGUCGAUUGAGGUUGCUUAGGAAUAAGGUUCUGAAAGAGAGAAUCCUGGGGCUUUAGGUGCAAAGGUUGAGCAUGGACAUGUGGCACUAGAUGCUAAACGGCUGGCCCUUCUAUCUCGUAAUUUUCAGGACCUAACAUUCUAAGGAUGCUCAUCGUUCAUAAGUCCACAGGUUGCCGACUAUAAACAGGAUACCUGAGGGAUGACCGAUUGAAACUGGUUUAAACUGUAUUAUUGAUUGUUGCAUUGUAUAAAUGAACUCAUUACCAAGUAGUGGUGCUGAAUGUCACAUACGUACUUGAAAAGUUGAAAUACAAUUCGGUACUUGAUUCACCUGUUUGGAAUUUGGAGA